AUGGUUCUUAAAAUCUACGGCUCAAAACUCGCCACCUGCACGCGCCGCGUUGCGACCGUCUGCCACGAGCUCCAGGUCCCUUUCGAGCUCGUCGAAGUCGAUAUCGUGAACAAGGAGCACAAGACACCAGCGUACAUGGAGCACCAGCCGUUCGGGCAGAUUCCAUACAUCGACGAUGACGGCUUCAUUCUCUUCGAAACGCGCGCUAUCUGCCGCUACCUCGCCGCGAAGUACCCACGCAACAACCUGCUCCCGACGGAUCCCAAGCAGAACGCGCUUUUCGAGCAGGCGGCUGCGUUUGAGCAGGCUAACUUCGAUCCAGCCGCGAGUAAAGUGGGGUUGGAAUUCUACAAGCGACGCCUCGGCUGGGGCUUCGACCAGCAGGCCGUCGACGCCAAUCUUCCGCAGCUCGAGCUGCGUGUCCCAGGUUACGAGGCCAUCCUUGGGAAAACGCGCUACCUUGCGGGAGAUAACAUCACCCUCGCGGACAUUUUCCACCUCCCUUACGGCGCAUUUGUGGCGGAAGGCAGCGAUGUCUUGACGAAGCAUCCCAACAUCGCCAGAUGGCUCAAUGAGCUGACGGCCCGCCCGUCGUGGUUGGCAUACACCAAUGGUGUGGUUUCGACCUCGGCAUAUUGA